ACUUAAGAAUUGUGAGGUGCAAGAAGUUAAAAAGGGUUAAGCACUAAAGCACAAGUCUUUGACAACAAAUAAGUAAUCCAAAGCAGUUUGGAGACUUCACUCAUAAUUGUGUGAGAAGAGAAGAAUGGGAGAAGAAGAGGAAAAGCUUGUGCAAUCCUACCCUCACUAUUGGGGCUUCACCCCAGAACAAGACUACUACAACCACCAAGGAAUCAGAGGCACCAAAUCGGAGUUCAGGACGGCGCGUGGCCUCAAGCUCUUCACAAGGUCAUGGCUCCCAAACCCCACCAUCACCCCACGCGCCGUCGUCUUCAUGGUCCACGGCUACGGCAACGACAUCUCCUGGACCUUCCAAGCGACCCCCAUCUUCCUGGCCCAAUCGGGAUUCGCCUGCUUCGCCGUCGACCUCCAAGGCCACGGCCACUCCGAAGGCCUCAAAGCCUUCGUCCCCUCCGUAAACCUCGUCGCACACGAUUGCCUCUCCUUCUUCAACUCCAUCAAACAACAAAACCCCCAAUUCCAAAACCUCCCCUCUUUCCUCUUCGGCGAGUCCAUGGGCGCCGCCAUCUGCCUCCUCAUCCACUUCCUCUCCCCAGAACCCUUCAACGGCGCCGUUUUAGUCGCCCCCAUGUGCAAAAUCUCCGACGCCGUCAGACCCAGAUGGCCCAUUCCCCAGAUCCUCACUUUCCUCGCCAGAUUCUUCCCCACUCUCCCCAUCGUCCCCACCCCCGAUCUCCUCUUCAAGUCCGUCAAGGUUCCCCGCAAGAAACUCAUCGCCAACAUGAACCCUUUGAGGUAUCGCGGCAAGCCCAGGUUGGGCACCGUCGUCGAACUUUUAAGAGUCACCGACUUCCUCAAUCGGAGCCUCUCUGAUGUCAACCUUCCUUUCAUUGUCUUGCACGGCAGCGCCGACGCUGUCACCGACCCUGAUGUCAGUAGGGAGCUUUACCGCGAAGCCAGGACCCUCGAUAAGACCAUCAAGGUCUACGACGGCAUGAUGCAUUCCUUGCUCUUCGGAGAGACCGAUGAAAAUGUUGAGAUUGUCAGAAACGAUGUUCUGUCCUGGCUGCUCGCUAGGUCUGGUGGGGAAACAAGACUUCAAUGAUGAUGAAGGUUUCAUUUCAAGGUUCCGUUUUGUUAUCUGUGAUUGUGCAUUGGUUUCUUUUUCUCCCAAACGAAACAAAAUUAUGUACAGAAUUCAUGGCACUGACAACAAGGAUGUAUUCCGAAUGUGAACUGUACUCUCCAUUUCAUCCAUCAAUUCUAAUUUAUGAAUGUGAAUGCAAGAAAUUUGUUCCCUUCACCAAAUGUUUAAAAGUUUCUGUAUGGGCAAAUCAUAAACAAAAGUCUGGUUUUUGUUA